AUGGCCGAAGAUCAGUCUGCUGAGGAGACUACAUUUGUUGUGGACGAGAUUACCACGGUUAUCAAAGAAGCUGUUGAAAGCACCAUUGGAAACCACUCUUACCAACACAACAAAAUCAACCAGUGGAUGUCAAACAUUGUAGAGUCAAGUCUGAGCCAGCUAACAAAAUUAGGAAAACCUUUCAAGUACAUAGUUAUGUGCAUCAUACUGCAAAAAAAUGGGGCAGGUUUGCACACUGCCAGCUCGUGUUUCUGGGACAACACUACAGAUGGGAGCUUUAGGUGGGAGAAUAAAACCAUAUACUGCAUAGUUAGUGUUUUUGGGCUUGCCAUCUGAGGAUGAAUAUCAACAUGUAGGCCUGUCUCCUGUUCAAAGAUUUCUGAACCUUUUUGAAAGCCUCAUAAACAAGCAAUGCUGUCCCUAUUCAAUUUAUAACUUGAAUACAUUUAUUUCCAAUUCUAAAUCUGUAUGGCUUUUCAUAGUAUAUAA